GGGAAAGUUUAGGUUUAAGUGGGUCCGACUUUCUUGUCUGUGAUUAAAUGUUAAGUAAUCUCUGAAUCACGUGAGGAAAAGCUAGUCCCUCCUCAUUGUACAGCAUCGCUGGGGCACUAAUAUCAUUAUAGUGGAAAAAGGCCCCGUUGACCCCAAUAAGCUCGAGGCGGACGACGGAGACCUCCAGGAAGAGCACCGGAAGGACUCUGCCCAAGAGAAGAAAUCCAAAGGAUCCCGGAUGGGAGGAGACGCGUCGCCCUUCGCCAUGGACAACCGCGACCCGAACAACCUCAAUCCGCACAUCCAGGUGCUGUGGGACGAUAUAGUGGGUGAGCCCGAGGGGCUGCGGACGCCGGACGGAUGCUGGAACUGUUCCAUGAAGUGUUAUGACGGAACAAGGCGUUGCUGUUACGUGCUGCUGGUGAUCAUCUUCGCCCCCUUCAUUGCAUGCUGCAACGGCUGCCAGUUUGCCUGCUUGGCGUUCAACCAAGUCUGGUGCGUGGGCCCCUGUCUGAGGCUGUGGAAGAUCAACCUGGCCACCGUGAAGAGGUUCUGGGAGGCCUGGCUCUUGGCCGUGUGCAGCCCGAUCUGCGACGUGUGCGGCAUCUGCUUCUCCAAGGCCAAGGUCCGCUACCAAAAGCUGCCGGACUCGAACGACACCGAGCCCGUCGACUACUUCACCGUCUGAGGAAGUUCGUCGAUCGCUGCCCAAGCUGACCAGCCGACCAAAGACUUUCCUUCGAACAAAACCUUCUACUGAUUGUUAUGAGUUAUAUAUAUUUACACGUUUAAUUCUUUUCACGUUUCAUCUAAACUUAGUAAAAUCCAGACAUACAUUGCGUUUAAUACUUUAAUUAUAAACAACAAAAUAAUUAUCCUAAGCAUUUUUUGAUUUAUCAGUCUUCUCUUUGCUUUUAGUUUCCAAGGAAGGUCUCUUUUCCUUCAAAGGUAGUUCUUUUCAUAUCACAGGUAGAAAGCAUACCUCUAUUUUUAUGAAGAAUAUAUAGUCUUAAAACUUAGUUAGGAUAGUCUAGUUUUGAUAAGCUAAGUGUGAGUGCACGACACGGUCUUUAAGUACAGAUGCCAUCUCUUUCUCUUGCAACAUGAGGGAAACUUGUUCGCAGCGGAUGGUGUUUCCAGUGGCGUAAAUUGCAUGCUCUUUUUCCAAUCGGGUGAAAUAAUAAGCACUAAAUAUUAAUCCAUGCCAGUGUCAACCAAAUAUACCUUUGAUGUUACAAAAUUAUGUCUGAGUUAAUGUUAGAUUACAGAAAAAGAUGUCUUCGAGUUACAAUCCUGGCUCUGUAAUACGAUUGGUGUUUCUCUGCGAAAUUCACAGAUAAAUUGUUUCACACCUGAUAUACUGGUGGCAUCUUUUGUUGCAAUGACAGCAUGAAGGCAAGGUAUUACUUCAAGGAGAGCUGAUUGGGGUCGAAGAAAUCCACUAUGAGUAUCAAAUGCAUUUGUACUAUGUAGCAACGGGAAAGACCUAAACAAAGAAUAGACUAGCAAUCGAUACAUGAAGGGUUACCAAAUUACGUUUUAAUACCCCAAACCGUUAAAAAGAAAGCUGUUAACGAAUUUCGUUAAGCAAUGUUGAAGCAGAUCCUGCAUUCAUGAGCUUACAGGAUGAAGCCCAGGAAGCUGAGAAGCUUCGGCUUUCUUCGCCUGCCUUCGAUUUGUGUGACCUUUCCCUUUACUGUGAUAAAGUAGCGCGAACGCCGGGGCCAGUGAGUGCUUAGGGACGCACGGAGUGGUCGAAUAUCUUACAUUAGAUUUAUGUAUGUACAAGUUAAUAGCAAGGAAAAUAUUAAGCAAGCAUGUUUGUCUGAAGUUGUUUAAGACAUGCCAUGAACCUUUAUGUCUGAGUGUUUUGUUCUGAGUGCGUACUCCCUCUACAAUCGAGACAUCGGCCAGAGACAAUAGAGCGAACCCAAAGCAGCAGUCCGUAAUACUUGUACAAAUAGUUCCUUCUCCUUCUGGCCAAUAAUCGUGUAUGCAGUGUAAUCUCAAAACUAUAAGCUAUAACUAAAAGCGAAAUCACUCUGUGGUAAUGGAAUCCAAAAGUAUGAACAGAAUUACAAAUAUUCACACUGGGAAGGUGGUGGCGUAACUAGGGUGAAACAGCUGCGUAAGUGCCCUGGUGUCAAAUCAAGAUCGCCUUCCCAAGUAUUCAUUUCGUCGAUAUCGUCUUCUUUCUUAAAGCAAAGAAGCGUUUCUUUGGAAAUGUGCCUGUACGUCCAGGACCUUCAUAGAAUCAAUUGGUCUACGCCCCAGACACGCUUCUGCCUAUGGGCAUGGCAGGGUGUAUUCCCAUGUCCUUAUCUUCUAAAUAUGCAUACAUCUAUACGUAUCCGUUCUAAAUUUUAUCUGCUGUUUGGCCAUUUUUUCUAAAUUCCAAGGAUUCAUUUUGACUAAUUAUAGAGAGAUUUUUAUGUACAGUUAUAACUUUAUUUUACCGCAAGCUGUGGAAUAGAACGAGGAUAUCAUAAUCAUGAUAUCAGUAUAUUAAAUGAACACAUUUCGUGUUUCCAAGUCUACAGAUGGUGCAAGGUGUGGGUAACAAUUCGUUUUCAUGCUACAUUUGUAUUGUAUUUUCUAAACUAUAUUCCCUGUACAUUUUAACAAUGCAUUUACAAAAAGCCAAAUACAUAAAUAUUUACAUAAGACGGAAAAUAUUUUUGGUACAAAAUGCCCUUCUGGCGUUGUCUCUGGACUUUGUGUUGGCUGCCGGGGAUCCGUGUUUCACAGUGUUUGCAUUUUGAACACACAUUUGCAUAAUAAACUGUAUCCCUUA